UUGUUUUCAGACUGAUUCUCUCAUUCACGCUCUUCCUCACUGAUAGUAGAGCCGGAGGUCACGUGACUGCCGAACUGCACGGGCGCAGACGGUGCAGCGCGAGACGGACAGAAGAACCGCGGCAGCCGCUUCGCUCUUAUCUCCUCCUGACCAGAGUCACACUACAAACUAGGCAAACAUGGCUCUUAUCUCCAUUGAAGAUCUUGCUGAACUGGAUGAUGAGCAGUUAGAUGAUGAAGUCACUGAUAAUUCCCAGCCAGCCGAUGAGGAGCAGGAGGAACGGCUGCUUGCUCACUGGCAGGCUGUGGGGCGGACGCAUCAGGUCAACGUCCCAAGAGAGAUGACUGGACCGAUUGUGGAGAUGACGAGGAGGAAUCAGCAAAUGGAACAGGUUCCUUUCGUCACCAUAGCAACACAUGAAAAGAUGGGUGAGGUGAUCUAUGAGGAGAGGGUGUAUCCACCUGGUAAAUGGGCCUGUAUCACUGUUGGAGAAAAGAUGUAUGAGCAGAGCAUCUCGAUUGGCUUCAUGAAACUCAUGCGCUUCAUCUGCAAUGAGAACUCGGCUGGUCGUUACUUGGGCAUGACCGUGCCUGUGGUGAAUGGAAUAACCAUGAUGGAGGAUGGAAGGGCUUUCGAAAGCGAAGUCCUGACAGCUUUCUACUUGCCUGCAGAGUUUCAGGCAAACCCUCCGCAGUCUGCUGACCCAGAUAUCACCAUCGUCCACAGGGAUUCGAUGCGAGUAAUCACCCGGGUUUUCUUCGGCACCACUACAGAGGAGACAAUCUCCCGGCAGAUCAGCCUGCUGUGGGAGCUGCUGGGAACAUCUGAUGACAUUCACCAAGGCCAGUACAUGGUUGCCGUUUACGAGAACCCCGGGGUGCCGUCCCGUCGAAACGAGAUCUGGUUCAUCUACCGGAACCCAUAAGGGGUUCUGCUCCUACACACACACACACACACACACACACACAGAGCCAUUGUUACAGUACCUCCCCUGUGGCACCAGAGAGAAAGACCAGUGAAUAUUUACAGGUCAUAUAAUAAAAAUGUAUUUUUGUAUAUGAUAAAAGAUCCUUUUGUUCCAGUAAUAGAGAAUAAAUACAUAAUUCCAUCACAAAUAUUAAGUCACGUAUGAAGUGUAUAAGAGGAAUCAGAGUAGACUCAGUCCUCAGGUAGCAUUUUUACUCAGCUGGCAAGACGCUCAUGAUUCUGGCACUUUACAACUCUUCAUCUAAAGAGUGACCACGAGAGGGCGUUUUAACCCAGUCUUUUUUACCAGGACCUCACUAAUUCUGUUAUAUUCUGAAACACGGGUUUUGCACAUUCAUACACUAAUUUCAUUCAGUUUGGCUUUGUCUACACUGAUUUCUUUUAAAACACGUCAGGAAACACUGCACCUUCUCUUACCACCACUCCAUUCCACACACACACACACACACUUACACACUUUUGUAUUGUCAGAACUGUAAUAUCGUCUGCUGUCCUUACUAGUUUAUGUGAGAAAACUGUAGUAGUGUGAAAUUCAGAAUGUACUGAACUUAACUUCACUGUGUAUUUGUAGAAAUCUCUGUGCAGGUAAUAUUACACUCCUCCAUUAACAGAUUUUUCAUCAGCAAGACAAUCAUUUCAGGUUCGACGAAGUGCUACUCAACAAAUGAAUGCUUACACAAAUAGAGUAGGUGUUAAUGCACUGAAUAACUUUUACAAUAGACCAAAGGUUUGUGCAGCAUGACAAAUCAGAGGUGUUUCUAUAGACGGAUUUUACUGUGACUGUAUUUAAAAUGUAACUGUGAUUUUAAUUAUGAUCAGGGUAAGAAAAGAAUUUGAUUAUUUUUUACAAACACAAGCCUGGAAGAAAUAAACGAGAAAGUAUAUUUAUUUUCCCUUAUAUAUGACUGUUAGUUUGAAUAACAAGAAUGAUCACCUAAAACUUAUUUUAAUAUACAUAUACACUGACUGAACGGUAGUUAGUCUGUUUGACCACUAGGUGGCACGCAUGAACACUUUGGUGUAGUAUUAGGAUGUGCUACUAAAUGGGACCAUUAAGCUGUAGAUACUCUUUAUUGUUUACGUCAAAAGACCUUUUUGCCAUCAUAUAAAUAAUUACUGAUCUGGUAACUUACUGAGUUUUUUUGUCAGAAUGUUCUCCUGUGUGCCACUUUCCUCAUUGUGUUUGUAUUUGUCUCAUAUUCACAUAACACUUUCCACACUGAUGUUAUUACAUUUGAAUAGAGUAAUCAUGCUUACUGUGUCUUUUAACAAAGUAGGAGCCUAAUGCAGCAGAUAUCAAUGUUCUAAAGUAGCUGGUGUUUAUUAUACUGUGGUGAUGUGAAUUCCAUGUGCUGUAGCCCUUAAAGUUCAUAUAUUGUGGACAUUAGUUGUUCUUUAUGCUUUCUUCUGAAGAAUAAAGUGGAGCUCUGGUAAA